AUUUAGUUUAUCUUUCACCAAAUAUUGCAUAAUAACGAGUACAUUCCUCACGCAAAUUUCUUAGAUUUUUAACCACAGAAUCUAGUAGCGAGUGCGUAACAUUUAGACAUUUCGUUUUUCUUAUUUCUUACUGACAGAAAUCAGGUGGCUUAAAAAUAGAUGUUUUAAAAGAUUUUUAGGUUAUGGAACUUUAGAAUGGAGUUUUGUGAUUAGAACUAUUGAAAAUAUUGCAGGAUGCAAUUAAAAAUUUCUAGGAAAGUAUUAAUACCAUGUAUUUAGGAAUAGUUAAGAAAUAAAGAGUCAUGGAUUUCGUGAUCGGGGGUUUGGCUGCAAGCGGGGCAGCUAUAUUCAGCAACCCCUUCGAUGUGGUCAAGACACGUAUGCAAUUGCAAGGAGAACUACAAGCGAGAGGGAAACACCAAGUUUUUUACAAAAACGUCUUCCACGCUGGUUGGGUCAUAGCGAAAAAUGAAGGCAUUCGAGGGCUUCAGAAAGGACUCGGAACUGCUAUACUCAUGCAUUCUGUCAGAAACAGUACCAGACUAGGUAUCUAUCAAUGGCUACAUAAGAAGGAAUACUUGACUAACGAACACGGCAAAACUAUUUUUCACCGCAGUGCCUUAGCCAGCGCCUUUUCCGGAGCAGCUGGAGCAUUUUUGGGUAGUCCUCUCUUCCUAGUUAAGACGCAACUUCAAGCACAGGCUGCUGAUAAUAUAUCGGUAGGCACACAGCACGGUCACAAGGGAGCCUUUGCAGCGUUUAGAACUAUUUAUCAUCAAGAUGGGAUAUCUGGAUUGUGGAGAGGUGGCAAUGCAGUGGUCCUAAGAGCAGUUGUAGGCUCCUCAGCGCAACUAACUUCCUUUGCUAUAACCAAAGAUAUGUUAAGAGAUUAUGAAGUAUUUGUCAGGUAUCCCAUAGUGACUUCGUUCGUUGCCAGUAUUAUAGGAGGGGUGUUCCAGUGUAUAUUGAUGAAUCCAUUCGAUUUGGUCUCCGUGCGACUUUAUAAUCAAGGGGUCGACCAAAACGGAAGAGGACUUCUGUACAACGGAAUAUUCGACGCUUUCGUCAAAAUCGGCAAGAAAGAAGGUUUAAGAGGCUUUUACAAAGGCGUCACUGCCAGUUAUGUGCGACUUGCGCCGCACGGUGCUCUGUGUUUAGUAUUCUGGGACAUGUUGAAAGAAUUACACGAAAAACAUCUCGCAAAAAGUAAAGUUACUUCGCCAAAGUUUAUCAAAAGUGAAAACAGAGAAGGUAGAUGAUAAAAUUUAGAUUUUUGUAAUUUGUUUCGGGUAAAAUGCAUUUCAAGUUCAGCGUGUUUUUGUAGCUAGCAUAGUAGGAAGAAUGUCAAGCUUGGUUCGAAAUUGCCGUAAAUACUGAAUACAAGAAAUUGAAUUAAAUACAAAAUGCCUUUUCAUUUGCAAUUAACAACGUUUUUUCUUGUGUAUAGGCUUCUUGAUCAAUUUUUAUAAUGACCAAAUCUUCAAUUCUGAUUUAGAAUUAUCUUAGUUUGUUGUCCCAAUUGGCAAAAAUGUUGACUUUGCAGCCCAGUGCCCGUUAGCAGACAUACUAUGGCUUUGACUGUUGUUCUGUCUUUGCUUAAUUGAUCUGCCGGAAGUUCUGGAGAAUGUUCUGUGAGGAACUGUUUCGCCUAUCUUUGUCCUGCUGAAUUCCUUCAUUAUUUCAGAGAUUUGUGAACUACCCACUUUCUUGUUACUGUCUUUGGAACUCCACAUAAGGUUUCCGGUUCAACGAAUAGCAUUUAUGAGCCUUGUUCAUCUAUUUCAUCUGUUUUUUCGUUGCCCUUUGACCCUCAUGCCCGGUACCCAGGCUACCGUAACCUUGCUAGUCUUCUAGUUUAUUUAUAGCAUGCAUACAAGCUUAUAGAAUUGACUUCUACAGAGUGCCUUAGUACCACAUAGCCUGGCUAUGUGUGAAGUAGAUGGCAAUUAAACGGUACAACCUUUUCUUCCUUCCUAUUUCUUGGCAAGAGAUAGGAACCUCUUCAACCUGACACCCACUUUCCACAUAGUUUCUUAAAUCAAAGUUCUUAAAUCUGAUAUAAUAUCGUCUAACAUUUCGUAAAAAUCUUGGAAUAUUUUCUUUAAUGGUCUCAACAGUCACAGCACGCGCUUUGCGCAUUUUUUUAAUCUGCUCUCCAUGCUCUUUUGAAAUGACAGACAAUCUGUCACACUUUUCUUAUUUAUGACCUUCCUUAGCACUUUUUAACGUUAUGUUGAUUUAUUCAUCCGUUUUACAUUGUGGUGAUGCAGAAUGGUACCUUUGGUCAGGGUUGGCAAAAACCAAGGUUUUUUUCCAAAAAACCAAAAAAAUAACAAGUUUUUUGGUUUAAACCAGGUUUAUUUGAUACAAAGUAUAACAAUUAUUUUAUAAAAUAAUAGUAAUAAAUCUAAUAAACAAUGAAAAAAAUGAUUAAAACUACUUUUAUUUUUAUUUACACACACACAAAAUUAAUAUAACAAAAAACAUCUUCAGACGUAAUAAUAUGCAAAAUAACCAAAUUCGAAAGUAAAGAAAUAUAAUUUAUUUACCUCAAUUUUUUUCAUUUGCGGCAGCUGUAUUAAAAACUUUAAACAAAAACACCAGUUUGGAGGCUCAAUAUUAAACCACGGUUUUAAACAUGUUGGUUUAAACCUGCCAACCCUGCUUUGGUACCAAAUGUUUGAUAACACCAUGAACAAAAAACAAAUCUUUUAUAUGGAAUGAAUUUUGAAUCAUACCCCCUUCGAAACAUCAUUAACUGUCCAUAUCUAGUUUACUAAUAAAGCGAGUUUUCUAUAUUUUUUAAACUAGAAUUAAACAUUACAAAAUAUCCAAAAAUUUGUUAUCCAUCCAAAUUUUCUAUUAAAAAUGAUUUAUAAAACUGUAACAAAUUCUAGAUUUGUUUCAAAUAUAGGUAGUACUUUUACUUAUUUAUUCUGUAGAUAUACUGACGUUACAAUUUAUUUGUGUAUAUGUGAUCUUUGAAAAUAUUAAUAUAUUUAAAAUUAUUUAUUA